AUGGCUGCUGAAAUUAAUAUGAUAAUUUUGGCAUGGGACAAUCACGUGGUUGUUCGAAUUUAUCAUUGUUAUUUGAAUCAAUCCAAACAAUGGUACCAAUUUCAUAGAAUGUUGAUAAACCUAAGUUUUGAUAAUCUAAUGUUCCUGAAACAUGAUUUAACAAUUGAAUUGUCUGAAGAGAAUGGUGAAUCUGAUGAUGUAUUAACUGCUUGA